AUGCCAGCCGCUUUGCCCAACGAGCUCUUGCUGGGCAUUCUCGAAGAGGCUGCAGCGACGAACACACGAACAGCUUAUGCCAUCUGCCUUGUUGCAUCGUGGGCCACACAGAUCGCAGAAACCCAUCUGUAUGCAUUAAUACAAACACACUAUAAGGAAGGCGCAGACUUGGUCAGACGCUGGCUGGAGGAAACUGGUCAGGGCAAGGUGCCGCAACGAGCGCGCUACGUUCGAUGGCUUUGGGUGGAGGCGUCCUUCGAGGGGUCAAAGGAUACGAUAGUUCGUAGGCUUGAACUGGAAUUCAACCCUGCACUCCUCACAAAUCUUAUCCGACUCUUCCCAAAUCUCCAAUCGAUAGGCUGGACUCAGCGACAUGAAAGCGGCUAUAAUGAACUCUGGCGUCUUCGCAAUCAUCAACUCCGCACAUAUCUUCUGUCUUCACGACUCGACUCAUUGCCUGACGAAGCCGAUGGAGAUGUCCAUGGAUUGAACCCACUGCACCUCGCGCUCAGCUCCCGUUCGGAGAUCUACGUGGCUCAAACCCCUCCGGACACGCCUUCCAUCCUUGAUAGAGUCACACACCUGCGCCUGAACAGCUACGCGUGGACGCUGCCGAAUCCCCCGCUCGGCUACUAUCGUAACUCAACGCAUCUCUCCAUCGCGAGCGACGGCGGAGGCAGCGAGAUGCUGGUGCUUUUCUCUGGCCUGUUCGUGUGCCGUCUCCCGAAGCUAGAGAUGUACGUGAUCGAGAUGUUCGAGCGGUGCACGCGCGAAUCGUGGGUGUCGUGUCUGAAACGUGUGAAGGAGCGGCGCAGCAAGGGCCUCCCUGUGUUCGUCAUGAUGCGCCCAGAUUCCUUGCGGGAGGACUGGGAAGGAGAAUGGCUGGGAGGCGAGGGGAGGAGUGUCUGGACGCGAGCGCGCGUGUUCACCAGCGAGCGAGAGCAAGAAGACUGGGCCCCUCCGCCUCCGGUUUUAUCCUAGCACGAUGUAUUGUCACGGCAACUUAUAGCAGGAAUUUUGAGGAUUG